ACUCCCUCCCCCGGACGCCAGGGUCCCUCCUUUUCUCUGCCUGGCAGCGGGAGAGGGCGCGGGUCCCGGCGGGACCAUGGAGCGUCCACCCCCGGCCGCCUAAGUCCCCUCCCGCCGGACCCUCGGGCUGGCACCGGGCCGGGCAUGGAGCUGCAGGGGCUGUGCGGGCUCUUCUACUGGCUGCUGCUGCCGCUCUCCCUCUUGGCCGCCUGCCUGUUCCGGUUCAAUGCUCUGUCCCUAAUUUACCUGCUCUUCCUGCUGCUCCUGCCUUGGUUCCUGGGACCUACCAAGCACAGCGUCCGAGGUCACACGGGUCGCCUCCUCCGAGCUCUGUUGACCAUCAGCAUCCUGUUCCUCGUCGCCCACCUGAUCUUCCAGAUAUGCCUGCACACGGUGCCUCGCCUGGACCAGCUGCUGGGGCCGAGCUGCAGCACCUGGGAAACUUUGGCCCGGCAUGUGGGGGUCACCAGGUUGGACCUGAACGACAUCCCCAACACCAUCCGAUUGGUCGCCCCCGACCUGGGCAUCCUCUUAGUCUCGUCCAUCUGCCUGGGCGUCUGCAACCGCCUGAGACAGAAGACGCAGCGAGUCCCGAGCCUGGAGUCCCCGAGCCAGCAGGAACUGGACAAUGACGAGAGGGAGGCAGAGUCCAACCACCGGGACCACCCACCGGGUGCCCAGGAGGAGGCCCCCAACAGGGCAUCACGGCUGGCGGCGCGGCUGCGGCUCACGGCCCACUGGAUGCUGAAGGCCGCGGGGAAGACCCUGGCCAUCGUGCUGCUGGCCCUGGCAGGCAUCACGCUGCCAUCUGCCUUCUCCAGCGUCUACUACCUGCUCUUCGUGGGCAUCUGCACUUGGUGGGCCUGCCACUUCCCCAUCAGCCACCUGGGCUUCAACACCCUCUGCGUCAUGGUGGGCUGCUUUGCCGCCGGCCACCUGGUCUGCCUGUAUUGCUACCAGACGCCCUACAUCCAGGGCAUCUUUCCCCCGGCUGGCAUCUGGGCCAGGGUGUUUGGCCUGAAGGACAUCAUCACCCACACCAACUGCACCAGCCCCAACGCCUUGGUCCUCAACACCAGCCACGACUGGCCCGUCUACGUCAGCCCGGGAAUCCUGCUGCUGCUCUACUACACUGUGGCCUCGCUGCUCAAGCUGAGGAAACUGGACACCUCGGUACUGAAGGCUGCAGGAGAUCGGGAAGUGGAGCUGAUGGAGAUGGGUCGUGGGGCCGAGGGCCGGGCCAGAGCGCUGGAAGAAACCAAGCACAUGCUGCCAGGGGAAAGUCCAGGGGCCACCCCGACGGAGGCUGAGAACUGCACUGUCCACGUGCUUCAGAGCCAGGCCCCGCGCCAGCCAGUAGCGGGAAAGAAACGGGCCCGGCUCCAGGAAUCCUCACCCCUGCACGCUCUGGGCCACGUCAUCAUGAAUCAGAGCUACGUGUGUGCCCUCAUCGCCAUGAUGGUGUGGAGUAUCACCUAUCACAGCUGGCUGACCUUCAUCCUCCUGCUGUGGGCCUGCCUCAUCUGGAUCGUGCGGAGCCGGCACCACCUGGCCAUGCUGUGCUCCCCAUUCAUCCUGCUCUACGGCCUGGCGCUCUGCAGCCUGCAGUACGUCUGGGCCAUGGACCUGGAGCCGGAGCUGCCCACCAAGGUCGGCUUCAUGAGCCUCCACCAGCUGGGGCUGGUGCGCACCCGCUACCCCUGCCUCAACCUGGGAGCCAUGCUGCUGUAUACCCUGACCUUCUGGCUCCUGCUGAGGCAGUUUGUGAAGGAGAAACUCCUGAAGAAGAAGAAGAUCCCAGCUGCUCUGGUGGAAGUCACCGUGCCUGAGGCGGAACCCACUCGGGCGCGGACGCUGUUGAAGAUGCUGGGGGAGCUGGUGACGGACUUCUACGCCAAGUACUGGAUCUACGUGUGCGCCGGCAUGUUCAUCGUGGUCAGCUUCGCCGGCCGCCUCGUGGUCUACAAGAUCGUCUAUAUGUUCCUCUUCCUGCUCUGCCUCACCCUCUUCCAGGUGUACUACAGUCUGUGGCGGAAGCUGCUGAAGGUGUUCUGGUGGCUGGUGGUGGCCUACACCAUGCUGGUGCUGAUCGCCGUCUACACCUUCCAGUUCCAGGACUUCCCCAUGUAUUGGCGCAACCUGACCGGCUUCACCAACGAGCAACUGGGGGACCUGGGGCUGGAGCAGUUCAGCGUCUCCGAGCUCUUCUCCAGCAUCCUCAUCCCCGGCUUCUUCUUGCUGGCCUGCAUACUGCAGCUCCACUACUUCCAUCGGCCCUUCAUGCGCCUCACGGACCUGGAGCACAUUCCCGCCCCGGAGCCCAGCCCCCAGCGCCCCACCUGCAGGCUCGAUGAAGGCAGUGGGGUUGCCCUCCUGAGGGAAGAGGAGGAGGAAGAGGAGGAGGAGUGUGGUGGGGGCAACAUUGGCACCAGCAGAGACUCAGACUCGGGAUCAGAAGUUCUGCCCAGUAAGUGGGGCCUGGUGAUGGAGCGGUUGACGGUACUGGGCUGGAGAUUCUCGGACACCCUGACCCAGGUGCAGGUCUUCGUGCGACGCCUCCUCGAGCUGCACAUCUGCAAGCUGGUGGCCCUCUACACCGUCUGGGUGGCCCUGAAAGAGGUUUCCGUGAUGAACUUCCUUCUGGUGGUGCUGUGGGCUUUCGCGCUGCCUUACUCCCGCUUCCGCCACAUGGCCUCCUGCCUGUCCACCGUCUGGACCUGCAUCAUCAUCGUCUGCAAGAUGCUGUACCAGCUCAAGAUUGUGGACCCCCACCAGUACUCCACCAACUGCACCGAGCCAAGCCUAAACAGCACCAACCUGCAGAAGACAGAGGUCAACAGCUCCUUGCUCUAUCGGGGGCCCGUCGACCCGGCCAACUGGUUUGGCAUCCGCAAGGGCUACCCCAACCUGGGCUACAUCCAGAACCACCUGCUGAUCCUGCUCCUGCUGGUCUUCGAGGCCAUCGUGUACCGGCGCCAGGAAUACUACCGCAAACAGUACCAGCUUUCGCCGCCCCCGGCCCGGGCCGUCUUCGCCGACGGCACCCGCCAGCGCCUGGACCAGGGGCUCCUCAGCUGCAUCAAGUACUUCGUCAACUUCUUCUACUACAAGUUCGGGCUGGAGAUCUGCUUCCUGAUGACGGUGAACGUGAUUGGCCAGCGCAUGAACUUCAUGGUGAUCCUGCACGGCUGCUGGCUGGUGGCCAUCCUGACCCGCCGGCAGCGGGCCGCCAUCGCCCACCUCUGGCCCAACUACUGCCUCUUCCUCGCCCUGUUCCUGCUCUACCAAUACCUGCUGUGUGUGGGCAUCCCCCCCGCCCUCUGCAUGGACUACCCGUGGCGCUGGAGCCAGUCCAUCCCCAUGAACUCGGCGCUCAUCAAGUGGAUGUACCUGCCCGACUUCUUCAGCCCCCCCAAGUCCACCAACCUCAUCAGUGAUUUCCUGCUCCUGCUCUGCGCCUCGCAGCAAUGGCAAGUGUUUGUGGCCGAGCGCAGCGAGGAGUGGCAGCACACGGCUGGGCUCAACACUGACCGCCUGGAGCCCCUGAGGGGCGAGCCCAACCCCGUGCCUAAUUUCAUUAACUGCAGGUCCUACCUGGACAUGCUGAAGGUGGCCGUCUUCCGCUACCUCUUUUGGCUGGUCCUGGUGGUGGUGUUCAUCACGGGCGCCAUCCGGAUCAGCGUCUUCGGCCUGGGCUACCUCCUCGCCUGCUUCUACCUGCUGCUGUUCGGCACCUCCCUCCUGCAGAAGCGCACCAAGGCUCAGCUGGUGCUGUGGGAUUGCCUCAUCCUCUACAACGUCACCGUCGUCAUCUCCAAGAACAUGCUCUCGCUCCUGUCGUGCGUCUUUGUGCAACAGAUGCAGAGCAACUUCUGCUGGGUCAUCCAGCUUUUCAGCCUGGUGUGCACUGUGAAAGGCUACUACGACCCCAAGAGCGUGGGCAAAGACCAAGACUGCGUAUUGCCCGUUGAGGAGGCUGGCGUCAUCUGGGACAGCAUCUGUUUCUUCUUCCUCCUGCUGCAACGCCGCAUCUUCCUCAGUUACUACUUCUUGCAUGUCGCCGCUGACCUGCAGGCCACCGCCCUGCAGGCCUCCAGAGGGUUUGCACUCUACCGAGCCUCCAUCCUCAAGAGCAUCAGCUUCCACCGGCAGGCGGAGAAGAAGUCCCUGGCUCAGCUGAAGAGACAAAUGGAAAGGAUACGAGCGAAGCAGGAGAAAUACCAUCAAGAGCGGUCAGGCAGCAGCUGCCCCGAGAACUCUGCCCAGGAGCCAGAGCGCAGAGACGCUUCUCAGUCCAGGAGGCGAUGGUGGCGGCCCUGGCUAGACCACGCCACAGUGCUCCAUUCCGGAGAUUACUUCCUGUUUGAGUCAGACAGCGAGGAGGAGGAGGAGACACAGCCAGAGGACCACAGGCCUUCGAGGCAGAGUGCCUUCCAGCUGGCAUACCAGGCCUGGGUAACCAACGCCCAGUCGGUUCUGAGGAGGCGGCAACAGGAAGAGGAGCAGGAGCGGAGCCUUGAGGAGGCUGGGCGGGGCACCCCUGGUGGGCAGCGGACAGGAGACGGAGCUUGCCCGGACGUCGAGCCCUCCGGGAGCCAAGAAGAGGAAGUGUCAGCUAGGAGCAACGUGAUGCAGCGGAUCCUCAACAUCCUACACUUCCUGUGGGUGCUGGGCCAGGCCCUGGUGGACGGGCUGACUCAGUGGCUGCACACCUUCACCCGCCACCACGCCAACAUAUCCACCGUGCUGCGAGCGGAGAGAUACGUCCUCACCCAGGAGCUGGCCAAGGGCUCCCAGGUGAACCAGGGGGUCCUGGACGGGCUGUACCGGAAGGAAGAGGAAGGAGAGGAGGAGCGGCGGCUUAAGGGUCCCCCCGGGGGAGACUUCCAGACCAGCGUGGCUUCAAGCGGGUGCGGGGCAGAGGAGCUGCUGAGCAGCGCGGCUGAAUACACCAGCUCCACCAGCCCCCUGACCACCGGCUAUAACACCCGCACCAACAGCGAGGAAGUCAUCAGGGCCGCGAGCACUCCGGAGGACCGCGACUCGAUUCGGGGCUCCCGGGAGCUCCUGGCACACCCCAGGAGCCGGACCCGGACGGCCAGCGAGCUGCUUCUCAACAGGCGCUUCUGCUUUGAGGAGCUGGAGGAGUCAGAGCGUUUCUACCGAGGCCAGAGCCGCGGCAUGAGGCUGCUCCGGGCCCUCUACCUGUUCGUGGCCGCCCACUCGGAUUUGGUCUGCUAUUUCAUCAUCAUCCUCAACAACAUGGUCACCGCCUCCGCCGUCUCCCUCGUACUGCCCGUGCUGGUCUUCCUGUGGGCCAUGCUGUCCAUCCCGCGGCCCAGCAAGCGCUUCUGGAUGACGGCUAUCAUCUUCACCGAGGUGAUGGUCAUCAUCAAGUACCUGUUCCAGUUUGGCUUCUUCCCUUGGAACGGCUACACGGUGCUCGUUCGCAACAAGGGAAAGCCCUACUUCCCGCCCCGCAUCUUGGGCCUGGAGAAGACCGACAGCUACGUCAAGUACGACCUCAUCCAACUCAUGGCCCUUUUCUUCCACCGUUCCUUGCUGCUGUGCUACGGCCUGUGGGAUCACGAGGAGGACCCGUUCGCCAAGGAGAAGGAGCGAGCAGAUGGGAAGGAGCGGCUUGAGGAGGAGCCGAGUCCAGGGGAGCCCGGAGCAGCCCCGAGCGAUCAGGAUGGGGUGCGGGCUCUGGACCCGCCCACCUCCCAGGGCACGGCUGUGGUCCGGGCUGGCGCCGGGGCCCGUGGCAGUGAGCGAGGGGAAGAGGAGGAGAGACGGGCUGAAGCCAGAGUGGAGGAGGCCGGGCCCAGAGCCGUGGAGCGUGAGCCUGAACCUUCUAAGAAUGGGCGGCGCCUCAGCUUGCGAUUCAGGAAAAAGAAGAAGAGCAAAGAACCGGUGGAGCCCGUAGGCAUCGAGGAGGAAGAAGAAGGGGAGGAGGAAGAAGAGAAAAAGGCGGAGGAUGAGAGAGAGAAGAAGCCGAGUCGCUCCCAGAUAAGGAUGAAGGCUGCGGGACUCAGAGUCAAGAGCUUCUGCCUGGCCAUAAGCCGGGACUCCUGUCGGCCCGUACGCCGCUUCUUCAGGGACAUCCUGCACACGCCGUACCGUGCGGCCACCGACGUGUACGCCCUCAUGUUCCUGGCCGACGUCGUCGACUUCAUCAUCAUCAUCUUUGGGUUCUGGGCCUUUGGGAAACACUCGGCGGCGGCCGAUAUCACCUCGUCGCUGUCGGACGACCAAGUGCCCGAGGCCUUCCUGGUGAUGCUCCUCAUCCAGUUCUCCACCAUGGUCAUCGACCGGGCCCUCUACCUGCGCAAGACCGUGCUGGGGAAGCUCAUCUUCCAGGUCCUCUUGGUCAUCGGCAUCCACCUCUGGAUGUUCUUCAUCCUGCCGGCCGUCACUGAGAGGAUGUUCAGCCAGAACGCCGUGGCCCAGCUCUGGUACUUUGUCAAAUGCAUCUACUUCGCCCUGUCGGCCUACCAGAUCCGCUGCGGGUACCCCACCCGCAUCCUGGGCAAUUUUCUCACCAAGAAAUACAACCAUCUCAACCUCUUCCUCUUCCAGGGGUUUCGCCUGGUGCCUUUCUUGGUGGAGCUGCGGGCGGUGAUGGACUGGGUGUGGACGGACACCACUCUGUCCCUGUCCAACUGGAUGUGCGUGGAAGACAUCUACGCCAACAUCUUCAUCAUCAAGUGCAGCCGCGAGACGGAGAAGAAAUACCCGCAGCCCAAGGGCCAGAAGAAAAAGAAGAUCGUCAAGUACGGCAUGGGGGGCCUCAUCAUUCUCUUUCUCAUCGCCAUCAUCUGGUUCCCGCUGCUCUUCAUGUCGCUGGUGCGGUCUGUGGUGGGCGUGGUCAACCACCCCAUUGAUGUCACCGUCACCCUCAAGCUGGGGGGCUACGAGCCGCUGUUCACCAUGAGCGCCCAGCAGCAGUCCCUCGUGCCCUUCUCGCCCAACGACUACGAGACCCUGACCAAGGACUUCGAAGACGACCCGCUGGCCAUGCAGUUCAUCACGCUGUACGGCUCCGAGGACAUCAUCACGGCCCAGAUCGAGGGCAGCUCGGGGGCUCUGUGGCGGAUCAGCCCGCCCAGCCGCGAGCAGAUGAAGCGGGAGCUGCGCAACGGCUCGUCCAGCGUCACCCUGCGCUUCACCUGGGACUUCCAGAGGGACCUGGCCAAGGGUGGCACGGUGGAGCACACCAACGAGAAGCACACGAUGGACCUCGAGCCGGGCAGCCCCGAGUGCCUGCAGCUGGCAGACAUGCUGCAGGGGAGCAGAGACCAGCCCGUGGUCAUCCGCCGCCUCUUUCCCAAAUACAUCCGGGCCCCCAACGGCCCCGAGGCCAACCCGGUCAAGCAGUUGCAACCGCAGGAGGAGGCGAACUACACGAGCGUGGAGCUGCAGCUCAAGCGGGAGCGGGUCGGCUCGGGGGCGGACGGCUUCCUGGAGUGGUGGGUGAUGCGGCGGCACGACUGCUCCCGGCAGAGUAACUGCCACCUCCUGCCCAUGGUCAUCUUCAGCGACAAAGUCAGCCCGCCCAGCUUGGGCUUCCUGGCCGGAUACGGGAUCAUGGGACUCUACGUGUCCAUCGUGCUGGUGAUCGGCAAGUUCGUGCGGGGCUUCUUCAGCGAGAUCUCCCACUCCAUCAUGUUCGAGGAGCUGCCCUGCGUGGACCGCAUCCUCAAGCUGUGCCAGGACAUCUUCCUGGUGCGUGAGACGGGCGAGCUGGAGCUGGAGGAGGAGUUGUACGCCAAGCUCAUCUUCCUCUACCGCUCCCCGGAGACCAUGAUCAAGUGGACUCGCGAGAAGGAGGAGUAGAAGCCUCCCGGGCCUCCCUCGACCAGGAGUCCUCGCCUCCUCCGCCACCGGGCCCCCGUGGAGGAGCCUGGGCCGGAAAGGGCCCCCGUCGGCCUCGAGCGCCCCGGGCUGGACGACGGCCCUCGGGUGCCCCGCUCGCCCCUGCCCCGCGGGCCGGCUGGAGGGACUCCCCCAGAUGGGGAAGGCCGGGCUCCGCCCAGCGCCGAGGAGACACUACCCGGGGCUCUGCUACUGAGACCCGGCAGCCGCCGGCCGCGGGGGGCCGGGGGCCCCGGGGCUUCCCACCCUCGGGGCUACGUCUCCUCCACCCGGCUGAAUCGGAACCCCACCGAGCAAUACGUUCCGAUCCGGCGGGGCGGGGCCCGGGCCCGACCUCCCUCCCCCACCCCCAACCAUCGCGGGCUUCCGGGGCCUGGGCCCCGGCCCGGCCUUUCUCCGGACAGCGGGGUGGGGCCGGGCCGGGGGGCCCGUGCAGGCCUCCCCAGGAGUACUGUAGACUUUUCUAAUUAAAACACCUUAUUUAUACGGACGGACAAUUAAAUACUGAGCAGUCACGGCCUUCCCCUGCCCCA